CGCAGUGUUUGAAUUCCACGACCCUCCCAAAGCCUAACCCGACCAACCAACAAAUGCGACGCGUCAACGGCAGAGCACGACGUCGUAUCAUCCUCGGGAACUGCCCCAAGCGGCCGACCCUGUCCACUUCCUCCCCACCUUAAUCUCUAAACCCAUAAAACAAGAAACCUUCCCUUCCCCUCCACUCACCAAAAACAGAAAGAUCAAAUAUUUCACGAAGCAUAAACUCGAGUGGUAAAUGAUUUUUGAUGAAAAUGGCAUGCCAAAUGAUACAUUCAUGGACAUUCAGUGGGCUUGUGGGUGCAUUUCUUGAUCUUGCAAUAGCCUAUCUCUUACUCUGUGCCUCAGCUCUUGCGUUUUUUACCUCGAAGUUUUUGGAUGUCUUUGGAUUAAGUCUUCCAUGCCCUUGUGAUGGGCUGUUUGGGAACCCAAAGAAUAAUUACUGCUUCCAGAAGCAGUUAGUGGAUGGCCCAUCUGAGAAAAUCGGUGGAGUUCAGUUGCAGCUGAAGAGCAAGUACCCUUUCGAUGUAAUGUGGAGUGAAGACCCACAUUUUCAUGCAAAGUCGAAGUCGGAUCAUGAGAAUGGGCACUUUGAGUUUGAAGGUGAAGCAUCGUGUAGCUCUUAUUCGGAUGGGAAGUUGCUAGAUGUGGCUGGGAGGGGUUGCUCUGUUUCGGGGAAUGAAAUGAGUUUUGAGUCUGGUGCGGUGAGUUUGGAAAAAUGCUUUGAUCAUAAGGGAAAGAAGGUUGGUGGUCGAAGGCAAAGUCAUAGUCUGCGCCGCCGGCGCAAGGGGGCCUCUUUGGAUUAUGGAAAGCUGUUUUCAGUUUCCUCAAGUGAUAUGGUACAGUCAGAUUCCCAAGACAUGGCUGGACCUCCUUACAGAAAUAGUAAAAUGGGGGACGAGGUGACUGAAGUUCCCGUCAAUUCAGGAAGGCCAAGUCAUGGUAUUCACCGCCGCCGCAAGAGGCAUUCUGUUGAUUAUGGAAAGAUAUUUUCGGUUUUACCAUAUGAUAUUUCAGAUAGAAGAGACAUUCCUACACCUCCUUCCAGCAUAAGUAAAGUGGGGAAUGACGGUAGUGAAGUUCCUUCCAGUUCAGAUGGCAUGGAAGCUCCAACAGACACUGGUGGGCCAGAAAGAGUUUCGCAUCUUGAGUUGAAUGAACAUGUUGGUAAAACUAAAUCAAUUCAGAAUGAUGCUUCUUCUGUUGAAAAUUUAGGCUGCAAUGAGCAAGAGAAGCCAGUUUAUGACGGUAAUGAUAAAACUAUGGUUCGGGUAUUGGAACAAGCACUAGACGAAGAGCAUACUGCUCGUACUGCUCUUUAUUAUGAAUUGGAGAAGGAGAGAAGUGCUGCUGCUACUGCGGCAGAUGAGGCCAUGGCAAUGAUAUUGCGUCUGCAAGAAGAGAAGGCAUCAAUUGAAAUGGAGGCAAGGCAAUACCAGAGGAUGAUACAGGAAAAAUCAGCUUAUGAUGAUGAGGAAAUGAACAUUCUCAAAGAGAUCUUACUUAGGAGAGAAAGGGAAAAGCAUUUCUUGGAGAAGGAAGUUGAAUACUACAGGCAAAUACUUUUUGGAAAUGAUCAAGUUGAUGAUGACAUGCAUGAUGUUGCUGCCACACAAGCACAAAGUAUUUCUCUGCAUUCAAGUGAAGAGCUGGUGUCGAUGCAGGAGCGGACAAGCUAUUCAAUUAGUGAGAAGUCAAAGUUGAAAGUGGCAAAUAGUUCUCCAGAUUACGGGGCCCUAUCAAGUGACUCACAAAAUCGCACUCUGGCCUUGGGGAAAGAACUACCAGUUCCGGAUUUCGAAGAAGAUGACACUUCGAAGCAUGUGGACAUGCACUUGCUUCCAAGCACUGACAGCCAUUCACAUAUCUUAAAUAGUAGGUAUGAGAUCAGUCACGAGUUUCAAGAGAAGGGAAUGGUGUCUGUGGAUGAGAGACCAGUUUCUCGGGGAAAAGAGGUCCAGGUAGUGAAUGCUGAGGGACUUGAAUUGGUUGAAAAAACUAUUCCUCCGAACGAACAGGAACUUGCUUUAGCUGGUAGCAAUGUGAAUCAUGGAAGCAAAGAUCUACCUAACUUAACGUCUAAUACAGAGCCUCGUGUUCAUGAUAUUCAUGUUAUUGACGAUAAGUCUGAUUUGUAUAAUGAAAAGAGUGCAGAGAAAAGUGAACAGCUAGUAGCAAAUGCUACCUUAGAUAUUUCUGAAAAACACAAGAGUAUGACAGGGUUGGGAACCGAGCUUAAAGUGCACAAAGUUGGUUCAGACAGUGGAUUGCCAAUAGUGGAUGGCUCUCAAGGCAAAGCUUUACCUUACAAUAUGUGGAGGAAUUCCAUGUCUGAGGUUGAUUAUGAAAGAUCGAAAAUAGACAGUAAACUGCACCGAGGUGGUACAGACAUGGCACCUAAUUGCAUGCGGAGGAAUUCCAUGUCUGCAAUUGAUUAUGACAGAUGGAAAAUUGACAACAAAGUGGACAGAGGUAGCUCAGACACGGAACCUAAAGAUGUGCGGAGGAAUUCCAUGACUGCAGUUGAUUAUGAAAGAUGGAAAAUGGCCAAUAAAUCAUACAGAGGUAGUUCAGACACGUCACCAUCACCUUCUGUCAUGCGAAGAAAUUCCAUGUCUGCAGUUGAUAAUGAAAGAUGCAAACUUGACAAUGAAGUUGAGUGGCUUAGAGAAAGGUUAAGGAUUGUGCAAGAGGGAAGAGAGAAGCUCAACCUCUCAGUGGGCCACAGAGAAACGGAAAAAGUUCAGCUGAAACUUUUGGAAGAUAUAGCAGGCCAACUCCAAGAGAUUCGGCAAUUGACGGAACCUGGAAAGGUCAAGUGCCAGGCUGCAUUGCCGCCUCCAUCAUCUAAGGUUAUGUCAAAGAAAAGACGAUGGCGAACUUUGUCUCUAGGAGUGCAUAGAAGUACCUAAUAGGGUAGGAGUGUUUCUCAUACAGGUGACAGCUGGAAAGCUGUUAUGCUCAUUUUCAGACACUACAUGGAAGCUGUUUUCACCUGAGCUACAUUUCUAAAUGUUUGUUCUGGUCGAUUAUGGGUCUCAUCCUUUGCAGUUACCUAGUUUUCCCUUUAUGCAUAAAUAAGCGAUGCAGGAUCCAUCUCAUGGAAAGCCUAUAACGAACCCUUUAGAAGCAUAGCAUGUGGGAUGGAAAUUCUGUCAUCAAACUGGACGAAAGCUGCCUGUUAAAUCAGAUGCAGGAGAUGGUUGGAUUAUCAUUAGUAGUGAAUAAGAGGUACAUAUUAGUUACUUUUUACAGGGUUCCGUAUGACCAUGUGAUUCCACUUCAGAAAUGAAUUUUCGUAUAUUGAAGAACAGUGUUUUCACAUGAGAAGUAAAUUUCCAUUAUAGUUUGGGUUUGUAAGUUUUGAAGUUUCAACUUUCAAUGAAGGCGGAAGAGUUCAACAAACACAGACACAUGCAGUACAUAGUCUACUUCUUACAUAUAUUUUUCACGUGUUCUGUAGCAAACUGUAAGACCACAUAUACUUACUACAUAUAAUCUUGAACUUGAAGUUGUUGUUGAACAUAAAAUUUGCAGAUUGUUGAGAGUUA